ACGGAGUGUUGGUUUGGGUGGACUCUCGAGGACUGCUACUGUAACCUGUUCUUCACUCUUAACUCUGCACCACGAUGAGCCAUCCGAGAUACAGCGUUCUCAACCUCUUCGAUCCUCUCAAUGCGACUCCAAGGAGCGAAGUCACAACGCCAGACUCGCUCUCUGGAUCUGACAAGGAAAACGCUGAGCCAAGCUACGAAUCCUACUAUGAAUCCGACAGGCUCACGAUGACGGCAUUUUUCAACCGCACUUACCAGACGCAAAGCAAGCACUACUCCCCAGUAGUUCUCAGAACUCGUCUAGUUGAUGUCGGUGAUACGACUAUCAUGGAUGAAACUGCCGAUCUUUUUAAUGGGCUCACUAUUGAAGAAGAGCCCGAAGAUGACGUCGAUAAUGCGUCGCUUGUUCAUGAAAGUAUGGACAUGGAUGAAGAGGACUCGCUGGCCACGCCGAUGAACAGUCCUUCGAGAAAGACCCACAAUCGCUACAAUUCCACGCAAACACCACUGUCAGAACAGACUCUUACUGCUCAUGUUCAGCGCACCCCUCUUGCCGAUAUCUCUAUGGAUGCCACACCCGUUCCGCACAAAGCAGUAAAGCUCGCCCGAGCUUCUCCUGAAGCUCCAAAUUCUGGCGUGGAGCGUCAUUCCUCACCAAUGACAGCAGUCCGCGCGAGUCACACUACCUUGGCACCGGUUAGCUCACCACUAGCUUCUGUGAUCAAUGCCAUCAAUUUCACAGAUAAAAAAGUGCCAUCGGGAGGGCGCAUUAAUGAACACGCUACCCCUACCAUCGUUGUGUCGAGAGAAGGGAACUUAGGUUCACCUACAGUACAUCUAUCACCGUCACCGUCGGCCACCCUCCUUUCAGAAGAGAUACUAACUGGAUCUGAUGCGCCAUUAUCACCUCCUUCCAAAUAUCAGACCCAAUCAUCUUCGCACGACACAUUAACCGCAUCAACCGCACGCCCUCGUUUACGCGCUCGAGCACACACAACAUCUUCCCCAUCUUCUAAUCCGCGCCGAAAUUCUGUGGAUCUCCAGUCUUCAUUCAACCUCCAACUAAAUUGCCCUGACGCGUCUUUCGAUCUUCUAAAUGACAGGAUUUCAUUCUUUGGUGGUGAUGCUUUUGUGAUCGACAGCGAUGAUUUCGACAUGCACGCUGAGGAAGAGAUGAUGGAGGCCCUUGCAAAACGAAUCCAGGAGAAGGACGCGGCGAGCACACUUGCAAACGUUGCUGGCUCUCCAGGUGACACCACAAUCUGGGUCUAGUCCAACGCCACAACC